AUGGAACAAAAUUUGAAACUCAUUCCCACAGAUGGAGCAUUACUGAAUGAUCCAACUAAAUAUAGAAGACUGGUUAGGAGAUUGAUUUAUCUUACCAUCACAAGGCCUGACAUAGUCUAUCCUGUUCAAACGUUGAGUCAAUUCAUGCAUGAGCCUCGAAAACCUCAUUGGGAUGCUGCAAUACGAAUUCUCAAAUACAUCAAAGGUACUACUGGUCAAGGUUUACUAUUUUCGUCCACCAACAGCCUUACCUUGAAACUUUUUGUGAUUGAGAUUGGGGAGGAUGUCGUGCCACAAGGAGGUCAGUUACAAGAUAUUGUGUUUUCCUUGGAAAUUCUCUCAUCUCAUGGAAAUCCAAGAAACAAGCAAAUGUUUCUAGAUCAUCAGCAGAAGCCGAAUAUCGAGCUAUGGCUAACAUAUGUUUGGAGCUAA